UUCCUCCUGUUCACUCCCCGGGGAUCAAACCCACUACCUGGGUAUGUGCCCUACUGGAAAUUGGGAAUCAAACCCGCCACCUUUUGGUGUACAGGACGACCCUCCAACCCAGGGCCACCUGAAUAGAGGUUUAGCUCUGUGUAAUCUUAGGCAAAUUUUACUUAACCUCUCUGUGCCUCAGUUUCCCCCAUCUGUAAACGGGAAAUAGGAAGUACCAUGUACCAUUGUUAUGAAAAUUAAAUGAGUUAACAUAUGUCAAGAGCCUAGAACAGUGUCUAGUGCAUAGUAAGGUUACAGACAUAAGGUUAUUAAUCUUAGAUUGUGGAGCUAACAUGACUACCACCUACACUUAAUAGAGCUGCUAUUUAUUGUCCGACUCCUGGGAAAUUAAAAUUUAUUCUGCUGUGAUUGUCUAGCGGUAGUAACUGAAGGGAGAGGACACGGCAGAAGGAUAAUAAUCUCAACCAGCGGAAGUCAGCUCUCCGGAGGAGAUCAGGAUGGCACAAAUUGAUUUUACUUAUUUUUUGAGACUCCUGAGAUUAAAAAACAGUGUUUUUAUGGUGUUCAAGUAUAUAUUUUUCUAUUUUUUAAUCUUGAGCAGAAAAAAUAUAAUAACUUGGGAGUGGAGAACUUAACAGCUUUGCCUUUAGUCCUGACUUUCUUUAACCUUAGCGCUGCUUGUUGCCUUCUGUACAUAUGAAGAGCUGCGAAAUUAGGAAAUUAAGGCAACAAUUACUUAGUUGAGGUGUCUUUUCCUAUUUAAAAUGAAUGUAAAAUAUAAAAUGUGAUUAAAAAUGUAAAAUAUUAGGAGUAUAUGUGUGUAUGUGACCUACUUUCUGUUGUGCAGUUUUUUGAAAAACGUUUUAUGCUCUGUUAGUAAAUCCAAUACCUAAAUGGUGAUUAAACUGUAGCUAGGAAAUGAUCUUAAUAUUGUACAAAGUGGAGAGCAUUUAAUAGCUGGGUUCUAGGCUUCCCUACUCAGGUAAAACUGGGGAAUAUCUUAAUCUCCCUAAUCUCUUCAGGGCAUCAGUUUCUUCAUUAAAUAUUGGGUUUGGUCAAACAGAUCUCUGCACCUUUCAAAUUCAGGGUUCUUUUUUACUCAGUUAACUAGCUGUGUGUCUUUGGUCAGGUUUCUUAGGUUCUCCAAGCCUGCUUCCCUAUAUGAAAAGGGAACGAAUAGUAGUACCUUUAGGACUUUUGGAGACAAUAGUGUAAUACAUGCACCUCAUUUAGCACAUCUACAGAGUAAGUAAAUAAUAAUUGUUAUCUGGUUUUAUUUGCUGUUACUUCUGUAUCUUGUUCCUCCAAAACAAAAUUUGUAAUUUAUUCAUUUUUCCUUGACACAUGGUCUCUUAUUGUAAGUCUUCAACCCUCUCCCCCCUCCUUCCCACGCCAACCUCAUAGUCCCCUCACUUGGUGUGGUACUUAGGUGAUGAAUGUUGACCUCAUUUUGAGUUGGGGAAAUUCUUUUUAUCACUUGGGGGUUAAUUUUGGGAAGUAAUGGAGUAAUCAUUGGGGUUUUGAGUUAAUGCUAAUUUAGCAACUCUGAAAAGAGACCAAACAUGUUUUACAGAAUUAAAGAGAGGAAUUUCCCAGCUUCUGGUCUUUGGUCAGCAUCCUUUCAUUCAGCAGUUUGUCAGGUUUUGAGCUAUGUAGGGGGCAGCUGAUUUCAAAUAUACUGAGUUUUAGUCAGUCUUACAACCUGUUCGUCUGGACCUGACUCAGACAUUGCUUUUUAACUAGUUUUCUUUUGCUGAGUGCUCUUUCAUUACCUUUUCCUGGAGAUGAGAUCCUAAGGGAUUUCAAGACUCAUUUAUUUGUGUUCAUAGUUAAUUCAUCCAGGUGUGAAGAUGUAGAUUCCUGAAUUGCUGUUCUAUUCCUACAUCUUGAAGACACAUCCUGCAGUUAUAAAUCACAUAAAAUGAUUUUUAUCUGUGAAUUUGAAACUAUAUUGUAGACUUAUUUUUAGUGUGCAAAUUACCGUUUUACAUUUUCAGAGUAAUUUACAAAUGAAUUUUUAGCAUUGAAAAAUAAGACAUCUCUCCCAAUGGUGGUGCAUACUAGAGAUUUCCUCAUUUAAACAGUUAAAAUGGUUCUGCUGACAAUUACUAGAUACAAAUGCUAGGUACUCAAGGAAGAGCACUGUCUUCUUUUUUUAAAAAAUAUGUUUUUAUUGAUUGUAGAGAGAAAGCAAGGGAGAGGGGAGAAAAACAUUGAUCAAUGAUCCACUGCCUCCUGCCCCCCCCAGGGGAUCAAGCCUGCAACCCGGACCAGGCAUGGGCGUGUACUCUGAUCGGGCAUUGAAUCUGCAACCUCUCCGUGCACAUGAUGACACUCAACCAAUCCUAUUUUGUGACGGAUUAUGAUCCAACCAUCGAGGAUUCCUACACAAAGCAGUGUGUGAUAGAUGACCGAGCAGCUCGGCUAGAUAUUCUAGAUACAGCGGGACAAGAAGAGUUUGGAGCUAUGAGAGAACAGUACAUGAGAACCGGCGAGGGUUUCCUAUUGGUCUUUUCAGUCACAGAUAGAGGCAGUUUUGAAGAAAUCUAUAAGUUUCAAAGACAGAUUCUCAGAGUAAAGGAUCGUGAUGAGUUUCCAAUGAUUUUAAUCGGUAACAAAGCGGAUCUGGAUCAUCAAAGACAGGUGACGCAGGAGGAGGGGCAGCAGUUGGCACGACAGCUGAAGGUGACUUACAUGGAGGCGUCCGCAAAGAUUAGAAUGAAUGUAGAUCAAGCUUUCCACGAACUUGUCCGAGUUAUAAGGAAGUUUCAGGAGCAGGAAUGUCCUCCUUCACCAGAACCAACGCGGAAAGAAAAAGACAAGAAAGGCUGCCAUUGUGUUAUUUUCUGAGAAUCCUUUGAGUCUUAGCUACCAACUGCCAGGAAAAGCCCUCACCUCUCCUCCUCUCCUUACGGUUUACGUCACGUUGGUACCUUUCUAGCCUUAGACAAAUGAUCACUGUGGUAGCCUUAGACCAAGAAGCUGGCUAACCCUUCCUGUGAAGCUAAUCCUCUGGUCACUUCAAGACAGAUUUAAAGGAAACACUAAGGCUGCUUCAAAGAUUAUCUGAUUAUUUUAAGAGAUACAUCUGUAUAAACAGACACAUUCUUUUUUAAGGGCUUACAUUUUAAUAGGGAUGAAUCAGAUUUGGAACCUAAGCUGUUUGCCAAGCUGAAGUCAUAGGUUUUGAAAUAACUUUUAACUUCUGGAAUCAUAUUGCCUACUGUUACUCUAAAUAGAAACAUAGGGAGUUUUUUUAAAUGUGAAUUUCUGCCUAUCUCUAAAACUUUCGAUGUCACCUUCAGUUACCUUAAAUACACUGAAUCGAAUCCUCUCAAGUGAGACAUCUCAGACCUUUACUGAUGCUCCAGCCUUUGUUUUCCAGUGGCCAAAAUGCCGAAAUGCCGAUUGUAUUUAUAGACUAAAAACUGCUUGGAAGCCUUUGUUGUUAUUCCUGCUCUUAAAGAUGGUAAUAUUCUGUGUGGCCAACAUUUGGACUCAUUCUGGACAUAGGCAUUUCACUGGUCUUGGUUUUCUAAUUUUACUUUUUUCACAACCAUGUUGAGAGUGAAAAUAAAGAAUUUAUGUCUGUCUUCCUUUUUAAGUAUUUCUGGAUAAGGGGUUCAAAAAAAAAACUAAACCUGUUUUUGUUUGUAAUAUAAAAUAUGGAAUUGAUCUUUCCAGGGUCAGAGAUGAUUAAUGUUUUUGCUAUAUACUUUUAUACAUUAUUUUCUUAUCAAACUAGUUAACAAGUAUUUUUAUAUGUUUGUAAGCAACUAUGCUUUCACAGCAUACCUUGUGUAUAUGUAAAGAUAAGUAUUUAAUUCUCACUGUUCACUUUUAACUGACAAAGAAAAAAAGUGAAAACUACAGGAACUGUGGUAGAACUUUACUUGCUGUUCUGGUCCUGGUUGUCCCGGCCCCUGGCCGGUCACGUAGCUACUCGAGAAACCUUCCCAGUAGCGUGCAACAGGAUGAAGAUCGGAAAUCACUCGGAACAUCCCUACUAGCUAUUGACUGUAUCAAGUUGUACAUGUAAAACUUUAAAUUGACAAUUAGUAUAACUGUGGAUGGCUUCUGAUUUUGUUUUUAAUUCUGUGGAUUGUGUUUAAACAAUUCAAAAGUAUGUCCCUGAUUUUGAGAUACUAAGUGGUAUUGCACAGUUGUCACUUUAUUGAACGUGUACAACAGUCCCGUGAGGUUUAUAAAGCGUACCCUUGUAUAGCUUCAGGUGCUGGAAUUAAAAUUGAUCUGUUAUCACAA